AUUCUUGAAAACGUUGCUUGUUGAAUUCCCCCGCAAAUCUCUGCAGAUUUUUCUGCAGAGCGCACGUGAACUUUUUGAAGGCCGCACGUAGUGCACAACGCAAGGCCUGCUAGAUACUCUAUACUGGCCCUACUCCGAGCACGCACCAUUGGCCUACAUGUGGGUCGUUGAUGUGCAAUAAAUUACGCGUAAACGUCGAAACUGGUCUACUACGCACUUACAGAUUAUCACUCCACUACCAUAUGAUUAGCCUAUUAGCGGAGACGUCCUUGUACUACGUCACAUGCGGGGCAUUCACCUGAACGGCAAGCUCUCUCCGACAAAUCAGUGCAGUGUCGGAGUCCGAACGCAGCGACGUCACUUCGACGUUGUCAUGCUAACUUGUCGUAUGUCACUUUUUGACGUUCCGCGUUAAAUGUUUGACCUUGAAUAAACAAAAACUAGAGCUCGCAAAGUAAACAAUAACAAACACGUCCUGAAGUUUAUUUGAAUUUGGUUGCCGGAGUCCAGAGCUAUAAUUAAUAAUGUUUAAAGUAGUCAGGCAAUUACGUUUGUCAAUCUGCUUCUGACUAAAUUAUCUUUGGCCAGUUGUCACACUUGCAGUAAUUUUCAGGAGGUGUGAAGAAACCACGAUCAGGUCCAAACUACAUUUCUAUGAUGAGUGACAACAGUGCACGAAGUUUUUCCAGUUUUGUUGAAUAUCUCAGGACAAAAAUCAAAUUUUGGGGAUUUGUGAAGGUCAAGGCUUCAUUUACUCAAUUUGGCCCAAAAUCGACGUGCGACAAGAUAGCAUGACCACGAAGACUUGUGAUCAGCACUAAUCACCUUAUUACCGCGUUGAGUGACAGAAUAAGAUUAGCUAAUGCGUAAUGGACAGCGCGCACCUCGACUAAGGUGAACAACACGUACUGAUCAAUUAGUUCCGUACGCGUGCAACUACGCAACUACGUUUUAUGACUCAAUCUGGACAGUCUAGAAGCUCUAGCGGAUCAAAUCUCGAGCACAGUUAAAUGGAAACUAACUGAUUCAACGGUUUGAAAUGCCAACAGUGUGUUGAUAACUGAUCGGAUUCCAGUUCGGAAAACCCGCGAUCAGUCCUGCAACUUUGUGCAGAUUGCGCCGAACGCGAUCGCAGGCAAGGCUUGUGCCCUCAACCCGCGAUAAUGAUCUACCGCGUGACACGUAAACCGCACUCUACACGAGAGUAGGCGCGAGGCAGUGCUCGUCGAAGCAACCGGUGACCCGGACUCAGUACCGCGCCGACUCCUCGACUGUGUUGAUCAUCGCAGCAGUCCUCCUCACAAUGACGUCACGAAACUGGUGGACCAUUUUGGGCCCGGCGACAGUGGUCACUGUGAUCGCGCUUGUGCUUAUCGAUCGAGGGGCGGCCUUGGAUUGCCAUUUCUGCAUCGGGAUCGACGCCUGCAACUACACCGCUGAAGUGAAUCGGUCGUUGGCCGAGAUCGACGACAAGGUCGUUAGCUGUACGGCUGAGCUGGUGCAUCUGACAAACGAGUCCCUGGCGGGGUUCAUGCCGACACUGCGCUGGACGCCGGUGCGCAGCACCGACGAGUUCCAGUGUGUACACGUGCGAGCGACGUCCCUAGCGGACAUCACGUUCCUGUUCAUCCGGGGUUGCACCUACGCGACCAACAAUCAAUCGUUCUGUGAUCUACGGCAUUCCAGCUUCCAGGGAAGGCGCGAGUGUGUGGCCUGUGACGAUGCCGAUAGCUGCAAUGACGUCCCAAGUAGCGCCACCAGAUCUUGGAUUGCCUGGCUUACUACGAUUACCGCAAUGCUCAUUGCAGCAAGCACUGCCGCCGUCAACCGGUGAUGAUGAGUACUCAAUAAAGACUGUAAUUUUAGCCGCAGACGUCA